AUGGGUCGGGCGCACAAGGGCUGGCGUACCUGGUGCUCAGUCACAGGACCUACGCAUCGCACCGAACGACCCAGUUCGUCAGCACCCAGGUCCACAACUCCAGCUCUCUGUUCCGAUGCGCCCGACCUGUAUGAUGUUGAGACGCUGGUCGUACGAUCAGCACAGGCGUACGACCGCCAACUGGAGUCCACACCAGGUCUUCGGCCUGGUGUGGAAUGUGAUUGCGGAUUCGUGAUUGAGUCUAAUGGGGAUAUAGCAUCAGGCGAGGGGCCAGCGUAUGAAAAUCCGAGAACGACCGCGACGACGACUAUGAGCAAUAGCUCCCGAGCCAGCGUUCCAUGUCUCGCCUCUGGCCGUGAUGACAUAAGCGUUGCACCUCUUGGCUUGAUAUGCCUGACCCAGCAAGAUUCGUAG